AUGGCACCCAAACGCAAUGCCCGCGAACCCACACCCUCCUCGACAGCUACGGCCCAAUCCUCCUCACCAGCUUCCGUUCCUUCAGUCUCAUCAAAAGCUUCCCACAAGUCAAGCAGCAAUCAGAGCCCGCAGCAAAUUGCAUUAGGAAUAUGGCAGAAUUAUUUGGAUAUGACGCCACAGAGGACGAAGCUGAUUGAUGUGUUCAUGGCGUUUUUGGUUGUAGUUGGAGGGCUGCAAUUCGUGUAUUGCGUUAUUGCUGGGAAUUACCCCUUCAAUGCUUUCUUGUCUGGGUUUUCGGCGACGGUGGGACAGUUUGUUUUGACAGCUUCUUUACGGAUACAGACAAAUGCGGAGAACAAGGCUGAUUUUGGCGAGGUGUCACCAGAGAGGGCAUUUGCGGAUUACGUAUUCGGAAGCUUGAUUCUACACUUCUUUUGUGUUAACUUCAUCAACUGA